AGUCAGUAAGUGAAAGUGAAACUAGUCAAGCUGUUGUUGUCGAGGGAGCAGGCAGUGUUUCUAGCUCUUCGUUUUACACCUUUUAUUGAAGAUAAAGUGCUCUGAACACUGAGAAAAUAGGAGGAAGUUUGUUUUAGUUGUAAGGAAGAGCCCGCUGAAAUCUUUUCUGCACUUUCCUUGCUCUCUGCACCAUGCCGGACACUCAGCUAUGUUUGGAGGCCCUGUCGGCUCUCUCUGGCUGUAAUGUGGAGCAGACAGACGGCUCCUCUCAGCUCACCCCGCAGGACUUUGUGAACGUCGUUGCCCUGAAGGAGUUUUACAAGCAGGAGGGCUUUAAGCAGCUGGAGUACCCCAGUUUAGGGACUUUAUCCCUGCAGGAUCUGGAUGAAAGGGACCUGUACAGCUCCCCCCUGUCGCUGAAGGAGGGCCCCUCCACCGCCGGACCCCCAGAGAACAUCCUGACCACAAUGAAGAUCAACCCUCAGGACUUCUUCCACCCGCAGUUCAACUACGACUUCACCAACAUCAAGGACGGUAACACUACGUUCCUGAGAGGAAAUGAGCCGUACCUCCGUCCCUGCGGCUGGAACCGAGUCGCCCUGCAGGUCACCAAGCGGUACGAUGGUGGCAACGGCUGGCUCGGAACGGGGGCAGACGCCUGGCCCGUCUCGUACCACGGAAACAACAUGGACGGCUCCCUGGGCGUCAUCUUUACACGUGGAGAGAACACCACGGAUGACCCACAGUUCCUGGAUGCCGCCGCUGCCUCUCUGGUCCAUGGGGAGACGAAAGGAAGAGGGGUGUACUCCACGCCCGAUGUCCAGAUGGCAGAGAAAUAUUGCAAGAAGUUCAAGUCCAAAGUGGACGGGAAGACGUACAAAGCUGUCCUCCAGAACCGCAUCAACCCAGCGAAGAGGAACAAGUGUCAGAGAGAAAACGUGUGGCUGGUCUACGUCCCUGAAGGCUCCAACGACGUCCAGACCAGAGGCAUCGUGCAGGAGUCCAUGCGACCCUACGGGCUGCUGCUGAAGCAGGUUUAAGAUAAUCAGGAACAUUUAAUCUGCCUGAAGUUUUCCUGAUUCACUUCUCUGCAGUGAAAUUCUACAGAAGUUUAUAAAUGUUAAGUUUCAGCACGUGCUCCGAUCAGGUUUGUUAGGGAUGUGGAAAAAAAAACUAAAGAAAUAGCUAAAACCAUUUUCUUAGAGCCUCUGUCCACAAAACAUCAUUUUCUGUUAAAGCCUUUUUCUUUCCAACUCUUCCCAUGACAGAGAGAGCAGACUUUUUGAAAAGGUGCUGCUGUCAGCGUCACUGUUUCUAUCAGUCAAAUAGAGUCAGUCGUGUCAUCCUGCUAUCCAAAUUCAACAUGUAUUCAAAUUAAAGUAGCAACUCUGGUUUCAAAAAUUAAAAUCUGCAUUCUUCCAAACAGCCAGCAGGGGGCAAACACCCCUGGAUACAGAAUGUUGCCAGAUUACAGAUAGGCAAAAUGAACGAGUUUAUGGUCUCGAUCUCCAGUUUCAAGUCUUCUUCUAUACAUCCUGAUGAAGUAAAUGUUGGUCCCACUUAGAGUCACCCAGAGCACAAAGCAGGGGCGAAGUUAAGGUGAGGGCGGCUACCUGGGAUUGUUACGUUGUUACAACUGUCAACAAAGAUGGAUCAUAACCAGUGCAUAUCCAUCCUAAAAUGCCUAAUCCCUAAAUGUCUCCAGAUCUACGUCUUUUAUUUUGAUAGUGUUAAAGUCUUCAAUGUUCUGCAAACCUCAUAAACAUAAUGCUGCUCUCCUCCUUACCUGGAAACCUCCUUCACCGAGUUCACACACGAUCUGUAGCUAAAGCUGCCUUUUUUUACAGUCUCAUGUUUUAACAACUUUAAAAAACUAAGAAAUCUUUUUAACCUCUGGGAUUAUUUCAAGCUCUGGGCUGUAAUGAUUUGACUUACAUGAUGAGUCAUAGAAAAUAAAACAACAUAUCAAGUU